AUGGCCGCCACUCAGCAAGCCCAAGGACAACCUGAACCCCAGCAGAUAUUCGUUAGGGCAGAUGAAGUGGACGCCGGCACUUCAAUAUUGACACCCAGCAAAGAAUUGCCAUUAAGCGCAUUGACCCCGGCUGACCCUGAUGGAGCCAACACUCAAAUUCUCCCACCACUAACAAGGCCCGGUUUAAAACGAGAAGGCACAGGACCUGCACCACCGCCGCCGCCAUCACAACCACCACCAGCUCCUCCCCCAAAUGGUCCCGAUGUCACCGAUUCACUGAGCCUCCCGCAGCUCAGACAAUUGGUUAGCCAGUUCCCUAAAGCGGAACAAAGGGCCUACGAUUUUCACUACCAGGAUGCCGAGGAUUUUGAGACCGAGAUUGAUGAAUGGUUCCACUACACUGAAUUGGAGCAAGAUAGAGAUUACUUGCUUGCUUCACGCGAUGCCUUUGAGCAGAAAUUCAAGGCUUUCAGUGAACAUCAUGGUCUAUCGGAUGAUAACGGCUGGCCUGUAGCCACUGACGAUCAACGAGGUCAAUUUACCACCCAUCUCCUCGACGAUUUGGCAAGCGAAGAGUAUUCCAUUCGUGUUGAAGCUCUUUCCUGUAUCUACUAUAUAUUGACUGGUGUCUGGAGCACUACAUCAGGCUCGGAAGUCCAGCGAGGCGUCACCAAGGACAACGUCUCUGAUGAUCCCCCAGCCGAACGAUUCAAUGCCAUGCAGGCUCUAUGGAUGCACAAAGGCGCCACUCUCCUCAUCAAACCAGCCAUGAUACCGCAGCUAUACCUGUGUCUUAUCCGAGCCUCCACAGCCCCGUACUCAAAUGCACAUCAACAGUCCCCCGAUGCCGAGCAAGCCACUGAUGGAGCUUUUGAUGAGAGUGGUUAUCGGGAGCUCAGCCUGUGCCUCUCAUGCUUCUACAUACUGAUCGAGUCUGCUCGAACUAGAUCUGGCACUGCUGAGGGACAAGAAAUCAGAGCAUCCAUCCUUUCCUUACAACCUAAUUACCUAGCAUUUCUUGUUAGCAUGAUUUCACGAUUAAGAUGGGAUGAAACCUACAACAUUCCGCUAAUGCAUGCAUUACAGCUGUUCUGGAAGUCGAUCCUACUCCUCUUUGGAGAUAUUGGAGAGCAUCUUGAAAAGAUCAAAAGCAUUUUACAGCCUCGCGUCGAUCCAUUCUCGGCAGAGGCCUCCCACCCAGUACUGACUGCAUCACCCUUGGACUAUCACCUUUUUCGACAGGAAAUUACCUCCAAGUAUCCUGCAUACAACCCUCCGCUCCCGCUCGUUCCACUUGAGUUGGAGCACAAGACAAUGCUACCUCCACUAUCCAAUACGACAACACGUUUCGACUAUACUUCGAUGGGUGUUGCCGGGAUGUCUUCGGGGGCUUCACGUGGCUCAAUCCUCCAUCAGCCAGUACACAUAGCCACACCGGCACCAUCACCUCCGCCGUCCCCCGUAGGUGCGGGCGGGAAGACAGGCAAGAAGCAGAAUUAUCAGACCAAUCAGAACUUCCCCUUCCUCUACCCACCGCUGGACAGCUCCAGUAAUGCAAUUGGCGGGAAGGGCUCAACUGAGAUCCAGGAUCUGAUGGUGGGCAAAAAUUGGGAGGGCAGUGAUGUCCCUCGCUCCAUUAUUGAAGCAGGCGAACUCUUUGCGAGCCGUAUGAGGAUGUCUCGAGCCAUGCGUCAGCUUUGGAAAGAAAGAGAUCUCUUCAUGAAGUACGAGCGCGGUUGGCGUGGAGACCUGGCAGAGAUGGUGAACACGAAGGACCAAGGAACCGAAAAGUCACGGCUUACCAACGAAGAAGUGGAACUCAAUAGCCUCAACGAUCCAUCGUUGAGGUCUCGCAUGGAAGCAGUUGAGCAAUUUUUCUACCACGCCCUUCCUGAUUUACAGUCACUUAUCAUCGUGAUGAUGAAAGUGAUGUUGACCAAUGUUCAAGAUAUUGCUGUCCGAAAUGACGGUCUUCAAGACGUGACACAAGCUGGCGGAAUGAAUCGCACCAAAUCGAAUGCAAACAUGGCUCAGUCAUUGCCGGUCCCGCCAACACCUCCUCGGCCUGCGGACAUCACACUGGAAGAUCUGGACAAUAUACGCUCUCGAGAAAUAAGCCAGAAGGCUGUGUCGGGGGCAAUUUUCCUUCUUUUAAAAUGGUUCAAAGUCUCCCAUGUACUAAAGUUUGAGUAUUUGAAUCAACUCUUGUUGGAUUCCAACUAUGUUCAACUGACCUUGAAGUACUUUGCACAUCAGAAUCUGGAGGACUUGGUGCCGUUUAGAUACGACCGCAACGAUCUCAGUGUGUGGCACUACUGUCAUGUCCAUUCCGAUCAUCCGCCCUUGUCUCCAACUAGUCCUGAUGAAAGAUCUGAAAGCUCAGAUGGCGAGGAUGCGAUUCCCCCUCCAAUAUCACGCGAUCGGCCGUGCAGAGCGACGCAUUCUGAUGCACCGGCUACGACCAGCGCAGGGCAGCAUGUCCAGGCCGACCAAGAGCGACCGUCUGUGGAUGAGCUGGGCAAUCCGCUCGGGUUUAUACCGGCUGCGCCCAUCACAACAUUCUCUUUUCGGCAGUUUCAGACUUCGAUUCACCUUCUUCGCAUUCUCCAAAAGCUUACCCGGGGGAAAUCACAUCGCAUUCUGUUCCUCGUGCAAUUCAAAUCUUCCCAGAUUUUGCGUCGGGUACUACGCGUACCUGAUCCCAUGAUCCGCCUAUAUGUUCUCAAACUCUUCAAGUCGCAAGUUCCUUACUGCGGUCGAAAAUGGCGACAGAGUAACAUGCGGGUCAUCACAGCAAUAUACCUGCACUGCCGGCCCGAACUCCGUGAUGACUGGCUAGCAGGGAUGCAUGACGCAAAUGUGGAAGGCGAGGUGGAUGAGGCGGUACCACUGGAAUGGGCUCUAAGGGGUCUAACGUUCUGGUGGCAGAAGCGUAUGUACCCCGGAGUGAUGAAGCAGGGAGCUAAACAAAGAAUGGCCCGUGACCGAAAUCAGAAGGGGAGGUUAGGCUCGCAGGUGGCAGCGGACUUAGAGGAUGAAAGCGACGCGGCCCACAAUUCGAUCUCAUCGUUUUCGAAUGUCGACUCCGAUGAGGAAGAUGAGGGUGGGCAAAACAUCGACGCGGACGAACGUGACUUUUUCCAACGGGAGCUUGAUGCCAUUGGUUGGGGUUUGGCAGGAGUGCAAGUUUCUAACGAGACUGACGGCAUUUCCUUUGGCGAGGAGGCUUCAUCGGCAAUACAGCAUAUCAACUUUCAGCACCAGCAACAACAUCUUCCCACGAAUGGCACUUCUGUCAAUACAAAUAUGAAUCAGCACGUGAGUUUCAGCCCUGGAACGGGCAUUAACGGGACGACAGCAAGCGGGGAAACCCCUGCCACUUCUGGCGGACAACAAUUGAGAGCAUCAGCAACUACAAGGUCACUGUCAGUAUCAACAUGGGAGACCUAUUACACGGCUUCGCCAUCGCCGUUGCCUGGUAGUAAUGGAGGGCUUGGUGAUGACCCACCUGCACAGGAGACCGAGUACCUUACUCGGACAUACUAUACAUGUCUGCCACGAGAUGUAGAAGGCGUUCAGGAAGCAAUUCGAGGAGUCGGAGAUGAAGAGAGCAACCUGAUUUACUGGGAUGCUGGCUCGGCAGGGUCUGGAGACUCAUAUCAGUAUGAAGCUCAAUCGGAAUUGGUUGCCAUGGUGGAAGCUCAACCUUCGAGUGGGGUAAGUGAGUGGUCGGAAGGAAAUGCCCAACUCGACUUCCACGGGCAGAACUCUUCUCCACCGCGUCUACACGCUAUGCGCCGACACCGCCGACACCAGUCCCGGCACCAUGGUCGUCAGUCAACGGUUUCAAGGAUUGAAGGUCGGUUUGGUGCUCAGGCUCAGGCUGAGACUCGCCAUCCGCCAGAAGACGGCCCCGAAGGAGAAUCCCAGCUUGGAAAGAAUCUCGACAUGGGUGUCAGUGAUGAAGAGCGACGUGUGCUGGCGGAUUUCGAUGCAGCAGUCAGACAUAUGCAGUCCUCGGGAAGGGCGAGCACCAGGCAAGCCCAGACAGUCAGACUUCACUACAGCUUUGGUGUCGAGUGA